AUGGCAGUCGCGGCGCUGGACGCUGCUGCCGCCCUGGCGCCGCUGGUUCGAGCGGCAGCCGAAGGCGCGGCAGCGGGGGGCGCUGCGAGGCACGGCAUCGCGGCCGCCCUGGCCGCCGCGGCGCGCGUCGGUGCUGAGCUGAUCGGGGGCUGGGCUGCAGAUGGAGCUGGCGAUGAGGAGGACGCCAAGCUCGCCCUACGGCUUCGGGCCAUCAGCCUGGAGGCGAGGCGCCGCAGCAUGGCGCCGCCCACAGACGAGUGCAGCUACAACGGCGAUGCGAAGAACGACGAUGACGGGCACCAGCAGCGCGUGGACGAGCAGCAGCACGUGCAGCUGCACAACCAGUACGAGAUCAAGUACGGCAUCGGCGACGACGAGCUCGAGGGCUACGACAGCGAUCGCGAGCCCGAUGAGGUCAGGUUCGAGUCCAAGCCCGAGCUCGGCGAGUGCGCUGGCGACGGGGCGCAGGACGAUGAUUCCAGGCACGUCGACGACGACAUCCUCGGCGACGCCUGCACGGGCGAGGACGGUCUCGGCUCGGACGAGGUGCAGGCGCCCCUCGGCACCCAGCACGACGAGCCGAGCGAUGUGCAGGACGAGGGCGAGUACGAGAAUUGCACGGACGCGAAGCUAGGACCGACAGCGUCGGCCGCCGUACCGGCGAGCGCACGGGCACUCAAGGCGACGGAGGCAGCCGAGCCCGCCACGUGUACAGCAUGGAGAACGGCUGCGAGGCGGGGGAGGGCCGCGACCCGCGGCACUGCCUUCGUCCUGGCGGAUCGUGUGCGGUCGGCGCCUGAGGCGGUUCCUCCACCCCUCGCCUCUGGCGCGCAGUGGUGGCAGUGGAGGCUCGAGGAGCUCGGGCGGGAUGGCGGCCCGAAGGCACCCAGCGCCUGCCCGCCGACCACGGCGCUGAAGGGGGUGGAGGGCGAGAGGGACUCGGCCGAUGAGGCUGCAGAUGAUGAGCCUCUUGGCAGCGACCCGUCGGAGUACGCUGUCAAGCACGACGGGCGCAUGCAGCCAGGAGUUGCACAGCAGGACCUCCAGGAGAAGGUCGGGAUCGGCUCCGCGGGCCCCACGAGGGAGGUGCACUUCGACGAGGACAAUGCUGCAUCGGAGCCCGCUCUCGCCGAGACGCCGAUGCGCGUGGACACCCAGGCGGUCUCCGAGCAGCAGUCCGACGUCAACCAGCAGCGCGACUCCGAGCAGCCCGAAGAGCAGCAGCAGUUCCCUUCGGAGCGGGCGGAGCUCGUGGCGCUGCGGGCCAGAUACAACGGGCUGAUGGCUGGGGUUCGCGCCGCCUUGGGCGCCAAGCUCCGCGCAGCCAGCGAGGCGCGCGGCAGGCGCUGA